CUUAUGCCUCACACACAGCGCAAGCCCUGGAGAGCCAUGGCGGUCUGUGUGCGGCUGCUCCUGGGCCUCCACGUGACGACCCUCCUGAGCCCCCAGGAGUCAGGGGCCACUGAAGCCGACCACAUGGGCUCCUAUGGACCAGCCUUCUACCAGUCUUACGAUGCCUCGGGCCAGUUCACCCACGAAUUUGAUGGGGAACAAAUGUUCUCAGUGGAGCUGAAGACCAGGGAGGUUGUGUGGCGGCUGCCUGAGUUUGGUGACCUCACCCACUUUGACCUUCAGGGUGGACUGGCCAGCAUCGCCAGCAUCAGAGCCCAUCUGGAGGUCUUGGUGGAACGUUCCAACCGGACCAGAGCCACCAGCGUGCCUCCGAGAGUGACUGUUCUCCCCAAGUCUCACGUGGAGCUGGGUAAGCCCAACACCCUCAUCUGCAUCGUGGAAAACAUCUUUCCCCCCGUGAUCACUAUCACCUGGCUGCGCAAUGGUCAAACUGUCAGCGAGGGAGUGGCCCAGACCAGCUUCUAUUCCCAGCCUGACCACUUGUUCCGCAAGUUCCACUACCUGACCUUUGUGCCCUCGGCUGAGGAUGUCUAUGACUGCCAGGUGGAGCACUGGGGCCUGGACGGGCCUCUCCUCCGGCACUGGGAGCCCCAGGUGCCUGCCCCACCAGACACCACAGAGACCCUGGUCUGGGCUCUGGGACUGGCCAUCGGCCUGGUGAGCUUCCUCCUUGGCACCCUCCUCAUCAUCACAGGCACAUGCCGGCCCAGUGUUCCCAGGUAACCACUAUUCUGAGAGAACCAGACUGCGGGAGAUGCUCUCUGGAUCCCUUGCAGGUUUACUGCAGCCUUCGCACGCCCAGCGGUCCGCUCGGUACAUCCACCGUGUUGAUGCUGACGAACGUCGGCCUCUGUUCUGCAGGUCCCCUCCCUUCUGGCCCCAGCAGUCCUGGUAGAACUUGGGCACAGCCAGCUCCCCCCCCCCCCGUGCUAAUUCACUCACACUCGUGCUCUAUCCAAAGCUUGAGCUAGGAGCACUGACUCCUUCCAUGGUGUGUGUACUGAAUCCUUUUUACUGGCCCUUGGUCGAGACUGCUUACAGGUGUGAGGGAUGCUGGAACCUGAAGAGGAGCUCUGGACAGUGACCAUCAAGAGUGACCACAUUGACCAUCUUUCUUGGGCUGGUCCAGCUGUGUCUUAUUCGGCCCAUUGUGUAAUA